GCAGGAUGUAAGGGGAUGCCGGAUGAUAUUGCGAGGGAGGACGUGCAUUAUAUAGCGCAGGCUGUGUGUGGUUGGAUUCGUUUGCCACACAAGCUUACGAAGGACGAUGCGAGAAACACGCUUUCCCUGAGUGGCGUAGCGAUAGGGGAACGGGAUGCCUCUGGCUCGGUCAUUUUAAUGAAGGAUACGACAAGUGCCACCGUGCUGUGGAUGUGGCCAAAGAGCAACGCCAUUGCAUUCGAAGCGCGAAGUCAGGUGCAAGCUUCGCAACUUGAUCCGAGGGAUGAUGGAUCCAAUAGAUAUCGAUUCGCCAUCUAGAACCCUGUGGCUAU